ACUCGGCCAUCUACUAGAACUUUCCUUCCAUCUCUUUCGUACAAAAUCAGAGAAACCAUAAACAUAUAUUUCUAAAAAAAAUCCUCAAAAUAAUCCAUACAAAUAAAUAGACACUUAAAACCACAUUUCGAUCAUUCAUCCUAGCACUUUGGGUUUUCGAUCAUCUCCCCAAAUUUGCCUGAAUUUCCCCGCUUUUUCAUUUCAAAGAGUUUAGAAGAUAAAAGAAAAUGCAGGGCGGCAGAGGCGGAAGGGAUCCAUUCUUUGAAUUUGGUGGUGAUCCCUUUGGUGGUUUUGGGGGUCAUAAAAGUUUACUAUCCAAUUUCUUUAAUGGAAGGGACCCUUUUGAUGAUCCUUUCUUCACACGUCCUUUUGAUAGAAUGUUUGAAUCAAGCUUCUUUGGCCCUGGUCAUAAUCCUUUCCCUGAUAUGCACCCAUCUGGGUUCAUUGAACAACAAGCCCCAGAGCCAAAACGACCAAGCGGUCCUAUUAUCCAAGAAUUAGAUUCUGAUGAUGAAAAAGAGAUGAAAGAAAAUUCCAGAAAACAUGGUAGGUCUAAGGAUGAACCUCAUGUCGAGGUACCAGAUGAUGAAACUGAACAAUCUGAGAGAAGGAAUGGGCAUUUGCAGUAUAUGAAUGGCUAUAAUGGUUCAUAUCAACGACAGCAGCAACCACCUCAAACUCGUAGCUUUACGUUUCAAAGCUCCACCGUUACGUAUGGUGGUGCUAAUGGGGCUUACUAUACUUCAUCCAAAACAAGGAGGAGUGGAAGUGAUGGGAUUACCUUUGAAGAAAGCAAAGAAGCUAACACAGCUACAGGUCAAGCAAGCCACCGGGUUUCAAGGGGACUUCAUGACAAGGGUCAUUCGGUUACGAGAAAGCUGAAUUCGGAUGGUAGGGUGGAAACAAUGCAGGCCUUGCACAAUUUGAAUGAAGAUGAGCUUUCUGGUUUUGAAGAAGCUUGGAAUGGAAAUGCUAGAAAGCAUUUGCCUGGCUGGUCUGGAAGUUCUAAUGUCCAUGAUGCAACAGGGACAAGUUGGGGUCAGAAUGGGCAAGCAAGUCAUGGAGGAUGGGCACUUCCUUCUACCGAGCGUUCUCAGCAGUCGGGAAAAGCAAUGAUGGAUGCCAAAGACAGUGCAGGGCCAUCACGCGGCCAGAAUUCUACAAAGGCGAAAGGUUUGGGAGCCCUUAAAGAUAAGAUUUCUCAGACACUAGGGAAGAAAAAGAACCAAGUUUGAACUUUGAAGCACUGAGUUGAUCAUCUAGAGAGUUUAUAUUGUGUUCUCUCAUAUAACAUAUCAACAUGCCCUUUUUUGGACAUAACUACCUAUCUAGUUCUUCAGUUUUCAGACCAUCGAUAGCAUAUCUUGGUCAUGUGUCUGUUUCUGUAGUACAAGACCUUUUGGUGUUGUGGUGGUUAAUGCAGAGAGGUAUAGACAAUUUCUGCAAAUGGACACCCUUUUAGGUUGUGUAUGGAUAUUACAACAUUAUAAUAUGGAUUUUUUAAUGCAUAAAACUUUGCCUUUUCA